UAAAACAGCAUUUGAGUCUCCACCGCUCAUAUUAGAGGGCACUACUCCAUCAUCGCCGUUAGCAUGAGCACUUCUACCUCUACGGGCCAUCCUAUAAUAAUAACAAAUUAUUUUGAGAAUCCGAGCCUCAUAAUACUAUUUUAACUAAAAUACCCCUCAUACCUCUUAUCACUAAUUUAAGGUCUAGUCUUAUAGUAUAGAAAAAGAAACUGACGAUAGUUUAUUAUGAUUUUCCUGAAAUUGUCACCCCAAGAAAAACACAAAAAACACCCCGAAGUUCCUGCCUCCAAACUGCAGAACAGAAUCCUAAAUUCUCAUCCUAGUUUUCCCCAACAUUAACUCACUGAUAUUCUAUUCCAUCCUUCUCAAAAUUCCAUUCCUAUUCUGGUAUUGUUUUCCGCUGUACUCUAGAGUCUACAGAACCUAACAACUUAGGCUCUGAUACCAAUAUGUAACGACCUGAAAAUUCCAUACCUUUUUUUUUUAAUAUAGACUGUAAAUUACCUUAUUCUGAUACCCAUGUAAUGACUAUUGAAAUACACCUAUGCAGCGGAAAACAUAAAACUGUACAAUCAUAUACAGUAUCUUUUACCCAAAAACUCUUGAUUGCUACUAAAAAAUACAACCCCCUGAUAACACUUACCCUACAGGCAGGGUAGCAUAAACGACCUCUCUACUUGCGAGCCUGAUCUGCUCGUCUAGCUGGCUUACCUGAAAAAUGUUAAUUUACUGGGAUGAGAUAACGCUCAAUAAAAAGAAAUAUGCUAUUACCAGUGUGUGGCAGCUAAGUUUACAUAAAUAAUCUACUGAUAAAUAACUGAACUGAGAUAUCAAGUAAAAUAUAAUAUUGUGUAACUCAAACCAAUGUGGCUUAAAAUACAAUUGUAAUAUCUGAAUUUUCUAUUUAAUCAUACUGCUAGCUAGUAUUAUAAUAUAUCUUCUGUUAUUUUGUAAAUCUGUAUAUACAUAUAAAUAUCUGUGAAAACUACCUUGAAAAUUUGUAUAUCAUGAUUUAACCCCUCAUGACAGGGUUGUGCGGCCCGUAGGCAGGACUUAACCCUGGUUGGCCCACCAGGAUAAAUCAACUAAUACUCUACCAAUCCUUAGUCUGACCUUAUUGCAGUCUCUCCAAAGGCUUGGUACUGGCAUCUACCUCGUCAAAUCGGCCACCUCUACCCAGAAUACUAGGGAGUCUGCAAUCCCUCCAAGGCACAGUUGACGGAAUCCAUACACUAUCUGAGAUAUGUGGUUGCACUCUGAUAUGAAAUAACUACAGUACCGUGCUCUACUAACUGAAUCUGACUGAAAUAAUUAAUCUGACUGAAAUAUUUCAUCAGGGUCUGAUACUAUAUAAUACUGAUAUAUAAUUAUCUUACUGUUUCAUUAUGAUUCUAAAAUAACCAUAACAAUGUAAAUCUGAUAUGUAAAUACUGUAAUAUCUUACUAAAAUAAUUGUAUAUCUGAUCUGUAUUAUCUGACUGAAUAAGCUGUAAUAUCUGAGUGUUAUGAAUUUGAAAUUCUGGAAAUCAUGGUAUUCUGUAAAUACUGUAAAAUAUCUGUUUGUAUAAUAUCUAUCUAUAUAAUGUAUGUCUGUAAAAUAUCUAUCUGUACAAUAUCUAUUUGUAAAAUAUCUGUCUAUAUACAUACACUGUAAUUUAUAAUCUUGUAAAAUCUAGUAAAACAUAUUUUGUGCCAAAAAUACUAUAAAUCAUGAUAUUCUGAAAAAAACUGUAUAAACUCAGUACUGAACAAAAUAUCUACUCAGGCCACACAAUUAAUAAAAUUCAUGUUUUAAAAUCUGUAAAAUUGUAUAAUUGAUACCCUGUAUCUUAAUAAACAAAUACUAUAAUUUACUAAUAAAAUUCCUGAAUUUACUAGCAUAACAUAUUUCUCUUACCUAGCUAACUGAACUCCCCUACUAAUUCUAACUUACGCUCACGACAUUCAUAAUUCCAUAAUCCUAAAAUUAUCAUAUAUAUAUAUAUAUAUUCCUGUCAAAUAACUGAAUUCCCCAUAAUAAAUUGUCAUACUCAUAUUUCCUGAAUUAUAAACUAUUCAUUAUCUUACCUGGGUUCCUAGGAACACCAACUAGGUUCCCUAACCUGCCUGCAGUAAAAGUCCCAAAACCCUAAAUUCACAACACCCACAUAAAUUAUCCCAAACACUAGUAUAACAACAUCUACUACUAAAUUUGGGUUCAAAAAAACCUACAAACCAAAUAACUCUUAAAUAACUUAGUUACCAUAAUUUUGGGAUGGUUCCCAAAUUUCUCAAAUCGAAAUUUCGUCUCGGUUAAGUUGUAGAGAAUCUCCCCAAGAUCAUCAUGGUAGCUUCUGAUCGUCGAACUAGGGAGAAACGAGGUCGAAAAUCUAGAGAGAAGGCAGAGGAACCGAAAUCUAGUGAGAGAAAAUGAAAGAGAGAAAAGAAUUCUCGCUGAAACGUGAUUUUCAUAUAUAUAUAUAAACUGUUGCCACGUGGCUUCGUCGACGAGGUGAAGAAGGCAGUUCGUCGACGAAGGUAAAGAACUCUUCAACGAACCAAUGGGUCUGAAAUACACCCUUUCAGUAUCUCUUCGUCGACGAGACACUGAGACUCGUCCACGAAACCUACAGGGAGUUCGUCGAUGAAAUCAGGGCAUUCGUCGACGAACCCUAUUUGACCCUUUUUAAAUUUUCCUUCCUCUCUAUUAUUUAAUUAAUAUAAUUGUCGUGACAAUCAAGAUAUAUUAUAUCAAAGUUAUAGCUAAUUUUUAAAAUGCAAAUUUUAACAAAAAAAAAUUGAUAUUUGAACUUUAUUUGCUCUAUUAUAAUUUAUUACUGCACAUUUACAAGAAAUGUUAAAAUAUCAAUGAUAGAUUAAAAUAUUAAUUUAAUAAAUUGAUAAUCCCCUUGUGAUUUAACCCAAAUCAAUAAGUAAUUAUGUGAUUUUAUUAUGAUUUUUAAGUGUUCCUAUACUUUUUAAAAUCAUGAAAAAUUAUGCCGUUGUCAACUUAUAUUUAUUCAAUAUAUUAAAUAUACUAAAAUACCAUAUGUAAUUAAUCAAUGUUGAUUAAAUCUAAAAUAUUCCUACAUUGGAAGACUUUUACUUUACUGCUCUUAUUUAUUUCUUAUGUUAAUUAAUUACAUCGGUCAUUUUGUUAUGUUAAUACAUUUGAGUGAACGUAAGUUUAUGACAUUAUAAUUUUUUACCUCUUUUAAAAAUUACAUGGAACUUAAUGAUCAUUCAUUCAUAGGAUGACAUACUAAUUUUAGGAUAAACUAUAAGGAGAUUUAUGUAGUUUUUAAUGCUAUUUAAUUCAAAUUAUAAUUCAAGUUUUGCACAUAAAAAUAAAAUGAAAUAAAUUUAUCUUUUGUAUUUUUACAUGUUAUAUAAUUUUUUAUUUUAUUUUUUUUCUCAAUUUACUCAAUUGGUUAGAUAUGAGAAAAAUAAUUUUAUUUUUCAUUUCUAAUUUAAAAAAAAAUGUCAACAUGCUUUUAGUUUUCUAAUAUUUGAAUAUAAAAAAUUAGAAAAUGACUUUUUACUUUUUUAUGUUUUAUAUAAAUAUUGAAAAAAAAGUAUAUAUUAUUUUUAAUAUUUAAGAUUAAAAAUAAAAUAAAUAGUACUUUUUUGUACUGCUCAAUAGACUUCAACUUUUUUUUUUAUUCUUUUUUUCACCAACCAAAAUAUAAAUAAAUAAAUAAAGGAGAGCUCGACUGAAAAACAGAACACCCGUUCCAUUCCAGGCCCAUUUAAAAUGAGGCCAAAGAGCCCAACUGAAGGCCCACUAAUUAAAGUCCAGAUAACAAUGGACUCUAGUAAAAGCCUAGAAACUCCUAAUCACGUGAUGCUCACGUGGCUCCCCCACCACAACAGCACAACUAAGGCGUCCGUUUCUACAGGCGUGCUCGCUGCAUGCCAGCAGUGCCACGCGUAGCCGUCCGGAGCUGCCACGUUACCGCUACUCGCCACCACGUAACCCUUAUAUAACCCCACGCACAAGGUGGCCGGGGACCCUGUGCGCAUUUAAUCGUAUGCUUCUCACUCCUCUGCUUCCCUCGUCGAUCACAAGUUUCCGUUACUGGGCAAGCAUCUCCCUCCUCGGUCUCCGGCGACGCGUAGGACUUCUCCGGCAUACUCCGAAGCGAACAUCAAUAGUAAGAAGGAUGGCGUCGGCCACGGCGUUUCCGCCGCAGAAGCAGGAGAAGCAGCCGGGGAAAGAGCACGUGAUGGAACCCACGCCAGAAUAUGCGAGCCCCGACUACAAGCCGGCAAACAAGCUUCAGGGGAAGGUGACACUGGUGACGGGGGGCGACUCGGGGAUCGGAAGAGCGGUCGCGAACCACUUUGCGCUGGAGGGAGCGACGGUGGCGUUCACCUACGUGAAGUCUCAGGAGGAGAAGGACGCCCGCGACACACUCCAGAUUAUCAAGCAAGCCAAGUCACCCGACGCCAAGGACCCCCUCGCCAUUCCCGCCGACUUGGGCUUCGACGAGAACUGCAAGAAGGUCGUCGACGAAGUUGUUAACGCCUUCGGCCGAAUCGACGUUCUCGUUAACAAUGCCGCCGAGCAGUACAAGGCCGCCUCCGUCGAGGAAAUCGACGAGGAACGCCUCGAGAGGGUGUUCCGCACCAAUAUCUUCUCCCAGUUCUUCUUGGUCAGGCACGCGCUGAAGCACAUGAAGGAAGGCAGCAGCAUCAUCAACACGACCUCGGUGAACGCUUACAAGGGACACCCAACGCUUUUGGAAUACACAUCGACUAAAGGCGCAAUUCUGGCGUUCACGAGGGCGCUGGCUCUUCACCUGGUGGAGAAGGGGAUAAGGGUGAACGGCGUAGCCCCCGGACCCAUAUGGACGCCGCUCAUACCGGCGUCCUUCUGCGAGGAGGACAUUGCGAAGUUUGGGACAAAGGUGCCCAUGGGUAGGGCAGGGCAGCCCUCCGAGGUGGGACCAUGCUAUGUCUUCCUUGCCUCCAAUGCCGACUCCUCUUACAUCACCGGCCAAGUCCUCCACCCUAAUGGUGGAACCGUAGUGAAUGGUUGAAGGGGUUGUUGACACUUGAGGGUACCCUACAAUGGUGUGGGCUUUUGAAUUACUUGAGGGUUAUAUUCUUUGUAUUGUAAUCAUAUAUAGUAUGGGGUAGGAGUAGAAAUGGUGGUGGUUGCAUUUGUAGUCGUCGUUGUUCUUUGUGAAGUUUUGAGUUAAUUAUAGCAAUGGUAAUGCUUUGUGUUUUUGAGUA